AUGCCUCAAAUCUCAAACACUCCAGAAUCUUUGCUUCCUCGCUCGGAUUCUCGAAACCCAGCGACAACAUGUAGAGGCAUAACCGCCCAAGGUCGGCCCUGCCGCCGCUCUUUAGCAUCUCCGAAUCCAUCGACUGCUUCUAAUCCUCGAAAGAAGGAUCCUCGCCAAGAAGCUAUAGAUGUGGCAUCUUUGUACUGCUGGCAGCACAAAGAUCAGGACUCUUCGGCGAAUCCCCCUACGGCUGUCAUCACCCCGGCUAAGACGAGGACAAGCAUCGAUACAUUAAUGGAUCGACUGGGUGUGCUAGAAAUAAACGAUGAUCCAGUCUCCCAAGGGCCAAAACCUCCCCAUAAAAGGCGGACAAAUCAAAGUAGGCCCAGUGAAAAGCGUCGGCCGAAGAAAAAGACUAUUUUCUGUUGCUUCCAAAUCUUGGAGGACAGCGGCGAGGAUGACAAGCCCACCUCAGUUCAGCGGCCCAAACCUCCUCGCCCGACAAGUGGUGUUUCGGCUUCUGCAAAUUCGAGCCAAAAGAUCAAACUGCCUGCCUCAGCCGGAAAGCCGCAGCAUGCACAAGUGUCACCCACUCCUCCGAUAUCCCGGCCGUCUUUGUCGGACACGGGGAAGCCUUCUUUCCCACAAACACAAUCCUUGUCAUCGUGGAUUCCGUCCACGCUUUCCCCACAGACAACAUCCAUUCUUACCACAGAACUAGCAAAACCAAUCUCCAGUGCCGACGACGAAGGCUAUAUCUAUAUGUUCUGGGUGACGCCCCAAACAACUACCACAACACGGAGUGCUGAAUCCGCAGUACCGCGAGACAUAGCAUCUUCUCUGCUACCCCAAGCCCCACAAAGUAGCAACCACCUCCGCCCACCCACCCAGCCACGCAGCGUUAGCGAAGCAAUCCGUGCAGCACAAGACCUCAAUGCCCUCACCUCUAACCCAACACCAACCACGCCCGGAACGCUCCGGCUGAAAAUCGGACGCACAAGCAAUGUGCACCGUCGACUCGCUGAAUGGAGUAAACAAUGCUCUUAUGACUUGACGUUGAUCCGUUACUACCCUUAUACGCCAUCAUCAUCCUCGUCACCAUCCCCUACUAGGGUGCCCCCAUCCCACAGUAGCCGGAAUAGGGCUCCUUCCGCCUCUUUAGUACCGGGAAGGAAAGUUCCGCAUGUGCAUCGCGUGGAACGGCUCAUUCACCUGGAGCUAGCGGCUCUCCGUGUUCGAGACUUAGGACAAUGUCCUGAGUGCGGGAAGGAGCAUCGGGAAUGGUUUGAGGUCGAGGCGGAGAAAGAGUCGCUAAGGAGAGUGGACGAGUGUAUUCGACGAUGGGUCUCCUGGGCCGAGUCGAUGGCACCCUAA